UGAACAGUGAGGCUGCUGGCGGCAAACGGCACAGCGUGGUAGGACGAUCUGGUUGCGUUGUUGGGGUGCGCCGAGUUUUGAGCCAGUUGAGCAGCGAAGCUAAGCGAGGUGGCUCGACAGUCGUUGUCGCCCGUUUGUGGUGCUCGUGUUGGCACGCCACGGGUUCAGCCAGGACGGUUGGCGUAUUCGCGGUUUUCCCCCUUUUUUUUUUUUUUUAUUUUGAAUCACGUGUCUGUGUGUCUGUGAGGGGGGGGUCUAUAUGCGUGGCCAUCCCCUAACGGCGAACGUGUUCGAAACCGCGCGGCACAAACCGUCACAACAAACCGCGUCGUAGUCACGGAGGAAACCCAAGUGCCGCGAUCUCACCGUGUGGUGGGUGCGUAAAAGCGCACGCGUGUGUGUGCGUGUUUCGUUUGAUGCGUGGAGCUUGGAGUGUAGCGGAACAGGAAACACGUGCUCAACUGGUGACCAAAGAAAACAUCGAAAUCUCUCCCUGCUCUCUGUCUCCGUGAUCAACCACCACGACAGUUGGCGUUCAACUCUGCAAGCCGAAUACAAUCAACCCGGAUUACGAUGGCAACCGCAACACCGCCGGUCGUCGACGGGCUGGCGACCGAGCGACGCAUCAGGGUGGAUGAGUACGUUAACCCGUUCGUCCUCCGGCUCGAUCUGACCGAUCCGUGGGAGAAGCUGAAGACCUACCUGAUGACGAUCUUUGUGCUGCCGGUACGGGCGGUACUGAUGGGAGUGUGCCUGGUGGUGGCGUGGAUAUUCGCAUCGAUCGGGCUGUACGGGUUAACGGACAAGGAGCGCCGCUCCGUACCGAUAUCUGGCUGGCGACGGGAGAUGCGCGAGCUGACGGCACUGGCUAUGCGGGCACUGUACGCGUUCGGUUCGUUCCACUACAUCAAGGUGAAUGGGGAGUGUGCGUCACCGCGGGAGGCCCCGCUCGUGGUGGUCGGGCCCCACUACAGUCUGUUCGAUUCGAUCGUCGUUGCGUUCUGUGGCCCAUCGACCGUGGUAGCGAAGAGUAAGGCGGCCGACCUACCCCUGAUAGGCAAGAUCAUCGACAUCACGCAGCCGAUCUACGUGUGCCGGGAGGAUCCGAACUCGAGGAACCUGACGCGCCACCUCAUCGUCGAGCGUGUCAUCUCGAAGGAGGACUGGCCGCAGAUCCUGAUCUUCCCGGAGGGCACGUGCAGCAACGGGAAGGCGGUGGUCCAGUUCAAGCCGGGCGCGUUCGGGCCCGGUCUGCCGGUACAACCGGUCGCGAUCCGCUACACGAACCCGCUCAACACGGUCUCGUGGACCUGGGAGGGACCGGGCGUACCGGUGCUACUGUGGCGUACCCUCACCACCUUGCACACCGGCUUCGAGAUCAACUUUCUGCCGGUGUACUAUCCGGACGAGCGCGAGCGGAACGAUGCGAAGCUGUAUGCGCGGAACGUGCGCGACCGGAUAGCCGCCUCCCUCGGCAUACCCGGCACCGAGCAUGGUCUGAACGAUUGCCGCCUGAUGAACUACAUGAUCGCGAUCGGUAUGCCGUACUACGCGUGGAGCCAUGACAUUGCCAAGAUGCGCCGCUGGCUCAGCCUCGCCGAUGGUGCGGUCGAGCGGGAGCUGCUCGAACGUGAGGCACCCUUCACCGAGCGGAACGCGCACCGGACGAUGGACGCGUUUGCGGCGAGCCUCCGGAUCCUGCCCGACGAUGACUCAGCGCGGAUACUCUUCCAGAUCUUUACCAAAGAUAACGAACCACACGGACGCACGGACACGAUCGACAUGCGCCAGUAUCUGCUGCUAGCCCUCUUCCUCAGCACCAUCGGCAGCCCGAAGCUAGCGUUGCUCCAGCAGCUGUUCAAGCUUUACAGCACCGACAGGUGGCGAGUGUCCAGCGAGGGUUUGUAUCGGGCCGUGCAGCAUCUGUCCACCAUCACACGCGCCCAGUGCGAUCAGCUGUUUACCAAGGCGGACACACACAAUUUAGGCUUAAUUACCUACGAUCAAUUCGAGGCUAGCAUUGGCUGUCACCCGAUUCUCAUCGAGCUGCAGGAGCUGAACGAACCACCACCGUACGCUGCACCACCCCCAGCGCCGGGCGCUAGCUAGGGGCCACAUCUCGCCGCGCAGUGUGUUUCAGCUGCUCCCGUUUGCUGCUUGUUCUGGUUUGGAUCCCCCUUUAUUAGCAUCCAGCAGUCCAGCGCGCCCUCUAGUUUGUUUUUGAUAUAUGAUACACUCACGCACGCACCUACAUAUACAUCCACACGCGUUACAUAUGUUUAAGCUAGCUCUAGUGAUCAGUAAAGCGUAUAGGAUGGCCCAGUA